CAUGCGCUCCAUUAAUAUAACUUUUAAGAAUAAAUACAAUUAUACUUGUCAGUCCUCGAUUCUAGUCCAUUUUAUACAUCAAACAAGAGAAAAUGAUAUUAAUUUAGGAAGCAAUAGUGAAUUGUUGUGAGAGUUAAUGUGCCCACGAUAUUCAAAUAACUGGUGGCUAACGGAAAGUUAAGAAAAAGAAAGACAUACGCACAAUAAAUACAUAUUAAAAUGAGCUACUACUCAAGGAGAUCGUAUUGGCAAUUUGCUCUAUAUUUCUUUGCGCUUACUAUAUACUGCAUAGAUGGAUCCUUCAUAUUGCCUGAGAAUGAUCCACCCACAACUGCUCCGAAAUUUUUAUCUAGAGGUCACCUUUAUAAAGUUAUUGUCGGGGAAACAAUAGAGCUGCCAUGCAAAGUACAAAAUCUUGGAUCUUUUGUGCUGUUGUGGAGGAAGGGCUCAUCUGUGCUUACUGCUGGGCAUCUAAAAAUAUCAAGAGAUCAACGUUUUAAAAUUGUUGGCGACUACAACUUGCAGAUCAAUGGAGUUAAGACGCAGGAUGCCGGGGACUAUAUAUGCCAGCUUGGCGAUCAGGAAAAUCGUGACCAAGUCCAUACUGUUGAAAUUUUGGUCCCACCAACUCUGAGGGCACUUCCGCACAAUGGACAAGUCACUGCGCGAAAAGGAAGCACUGUCACAUUGGAAUGCAAAGCCUCUGGUAAUCCCGUCCCAACAAUAUUCUGGUUCAAGAAAGACGUGUUUUCCGGACCAACUCAUCUAUCGGAUAGCUCCACAUUGAUAUUAGAGAAUGUGGACAGACACCAUGCUGGCACAUAUCAGUGCUCAGCAGAUAAUGGCGUUAAAGAGCGAGUUUCGAUGGACAUACAGCUAACUAUAUUAUCUCCCCCAGAAAUUACCGUUGAAAAAUCAUGGGUACAUGCAGCAGAAGGAUAUGAUGUUGAACUGGUCUGCAUUGUGCACGGUGAUGUGAGUUCUGAAAUGCUAUGGUACCAAAAUUCAUUUUUACUGGAUCCCACUGAUCGUCGUUCUAUGUACCCACGCGAUGAUAGAUACAGCCUUAUUAUUCGCAACUUUCAACCGACAGAUUUCGGCAAUUAUAGCUGUGUUGCUGAUAAUGCACUGGGAAGAACUAAGAAAUAUAUUGAAGUGUCUGGUCGACCGGGUCCAGCUGAUUUUAUUUCUCCCGCCCUAAGCGGAUUUCUGGAUCACUACAACCUAACAUGGGCAAUCGAGUCUGUGCCCCCAUUGGAUGAGAUCAAGCUAUUGUACCGUCGUCUUUUGAUGAAUGAAACGUAUCAACAUCCUGGUAAAUGGCACGAGUACCACAUCAAACCAACGCCAAUAAGGACAGACGGAUCACACUACUUAAUGUCGUAUGUAGUCAGAAACCUGGAACACAAUGCCGUAUACGAAGCGAUUGUUCAAGCUAAAAACAAAUAUGGAUGGAAUGAGAUCAGCGAUAUUCACCAAUUUUAUACGCGAAAUCAUGACCUUCUUCUCGACAUCGAUAUGGAAUAUAAAAUGGGAGUUUCAAGCAAUAAUAGAAUAGUUCCAACUAUUUGUGGAAUAAUCUUAUGUAUAUUUGUGUUGGUGUUCAAUCCUAUCAUCAGUAUUUAAAAUAUUGCGUUAAACAUUUAUUUGCAAAUAUAAUUUAAAAGGUGCCUUACUAAAACUUUAGCAAAUAAUUAUUCAUAUUUAUACGUAUGUAUAUGUAUGUAUGUACACUAAGAAGAACGUAACAAGAUUGAAAUCUGAAUAUAAUAAUCUUAAUCUUAUGUUCUUUAUAGAAAGUUAUUCUAAUAGUCUAAACUCUAAAAAUCUCUAUCAAGAAAACUAUUGUUUGUGGUGGCAGUCGUUCUUGCAUUCCGUUUUCAGUAGGUAUAACGCCAUAACGCUUCUAUUAAAUAUAGUUAUUUUAAUAAUUGAUGCAAGAAUGCACAUCAUACAUACAUAAAAAAGACACAUGCUCCUGUGGUGAGCACAAUAGAAGGCCCAUCUCGAUCAAAUUGGGUAGUUAUAGAAAGUUUGGUCUACGAUAUCCAAGUGUUUCUACAGACAGUUGGCCAUUGCUAGGUGUUGAUGCUGAUUAGGAAUAUAUGUACAUAUAUCAUUUAUGUAUAUAAUUUUCGAAGUAUCAAAAACAGGACAAAGAAAAAACAGGUCGUUCCUUUGUCCUUGCGGGAGUACCGCAAAGCUUUACGCGUAUCAUUUUCUAUUUUUAAUUAUCUCAGCUAUAUGAUAUCUCCAUCCCCAAAUAUCACAUUUUGUAACACAGUCAUUCUUGAAAAUGUAAGCGAAAAUAUGAAAUAUUGUAAAUAUUCAAAUCAAAAUGUCAGAAAGCCUCCAAGUAAAAUAACAUGUAUAACUAUGUGUACAAGCAUAUGUAUUUAUGAAUGUACUUAGAAAAUAACUCAUUGAAUGUCAAUGCCGUAGUACAUACAUAUAUCUACAUACAUAUAUAAAAUACUUAGAUACACAACUACAUACAAAUAUUAUCAUAUUUAGAUAUAAUGAUUAACACUUUUAUACGAUGCAUAUCGCCAUACCUCCCAAAGGUAUUAUAUCUUAUGGUAUGCUUAUUUGUAAGUUGUCAAAUUUGUUGAAGUCACAAAGGCAACACAAUUAAAACCCCCCACGUUGGAACACCAUUGAUUUAUAUUAAGUGUUUGAACCCAAAGCGACUGUAAAUUUAAUUCGAAUCAUUUUUUGCAUUUGUUAAGUUAGGCAUUAUGUUCUCACAUGGGCCCAGAAUUUGUUUGGUACUCGUACUUUAUAUUAUAUUAAUAUGAAUAUGAUACAUUUUUUAAACCUCAAAGGGGCAUAUACUCUGACUUAUGUACUUUGAAGGUUUCUAAAACUUUUUGCAUUGUGCAGAACUUGAAGAUCCGGUAUCCUUGCACAUUUGGGGUUCGAAAUCGUAUCUUUUUAAAUUGUCAGUACUCAUAUACACACUGUGAACACAAAAAUUGUUAGAAUCGCUCAAUGUCUUGUGCAUACGUAGUAGUAUACGUAGUACUCUUGCAUUGUAGCUAUAAUGAUGAAGAAAAAUUAGACACCUUUUAAAUAGUCAACAUGCUUAUGCCAAAUAUUGUAUUUACAUAGAUGUAUCUAUAUCUACAUAAAUAUACAGUACAGUUGCAUGCGUAAAUGUAUGUUGUAUAUGUUUAAUAUAUAUUUGAUAUAUACCAUACACAUGUAAAUAUAACAAUUUGGCAAAACACCGCCUCAAAACUCAACAUUUUUGUUUGAUUACUUGAAUUGGUUGCGGUUCAAUUAUUAAAUAUAUACAUAUGUAUAUAUGUACAUACAUAUAUACAUACAUAUAUGUAUAUAAGGACUCACACUUAUUUAUAUAAUUAUGUAUAUUUUUAAUGCGAAGUGGAAAGAGUCACGCAAAAAUAAGAUUUAGUCCGAAACAUCUCAACGAUUAAUUUGUUUAUUAAUUAAAGUAAUAUCCAACAUUUUAAUUCAACCAGUACACAAAUUCUUAAAGUAAAGGCAUUUCGAAGAUAUUUUUUUAAUCGAUAGCUAUACCACAAUAUUAAGUACAACUUAUAUCUAAAGACAUAAUUAAAUAUACAUACCUAUAUAAUCUAGUAAUAAUAUUAUAUUAAUAAAAAUAUAAUACGACAAACUGUAUGAUAGAAAUCCCCCCUAUUAGUGAACACCGAAUAGUAAACUACGGAUAACCUUAUAAAAUACAUAUUUGUAACCCACAAAAACAAAAAUGAAGCCAUAUGCACACAUAAAGAUGUAUGUUUGGGUGUAAAAAUAAUGUGCGUAUGUGUAAGCAUCAUUAAAAAAACAGAAAGAUAGAUCAUAUUAUUGGUAUAAUUAUGAUAUUUUAACUAUAAGUGUUCGUAGGAAUAAGAAAUAGAAAAUAUCUCACUAGUGUCAUAAUUUAAAUUUUAAAACCGAAAAUCUACUUAGCAUUAAGUGUGUAAGAUUUACCUACUUAUAAUGAAUGGCAUUAUACCAGCACAAAUAAAUUCUUUUACUAGUAGAUUAACAUA